AUGGCGGACGAAGACGUGGUGAUCACGGGCUUCUCGGCCUACUUUCCUCAGGCCAACCACCUAGCUGAGUUUCGGAAGAAGCUCUAUGAUGGCGUCGACAUGGUCACCGACGAUGAGGCACGCUGGCCCAGAGGGCUGCUGGGCCUUCCGGGACGGUCCGGCAAGAUCCGGGACCUGUCCCAGUUCGACGCGCAGUUCUUCGGCGUGCAGACGAAGCAGGCGCGCGUAAUGGAUCCGCAGCUGUGACUAUUCCUCGAGACGUCAUACGAGGCGAUCGUGGACGCCGGCUACGACCCGGGCACGCUGCGGGGACGCAAGGUCGGCGUCUUCAUGGGCUGCAGCGAUUCUGAGACCUACGAGGCCUUCAGCGAGGACACAGACAAGAUCGACGGCCACGCCCUGGUCGGCUGCUGCCGGGCCAUGUUCGCCAACCGCGUCUCCUACUGCCUCGACUUCAACGGGCCAAGCUUCACUGUGGACACGGGCAGUUCGUCGGCCAUAAUGGCGCUCAACCAGGCCAUGCUGGCAGUGCGCUCGGGACAGUGCGAGGCUGCCCUGGUCGGGGGCAGCACGCUCACGCUCAAGCCCGCCAAGGCACUCAACUUUCACCGCCUCGGCUCGCUGUCGCCAGACGGCAAAUGCAAGGCCUUCGACGCCGAUGGCAAGGGCUUCGUCAGGAGCGAGGCCGUGGGAGUUUUCUUCCUCCAGCGGGUCUCGGAUGCACGCCGCAUCUACGCCAAGCUGGUACACGUCAAAGCCAACGCCGACGGCUUCAAGGCCGAAGGCAUCACGUUUCCCUCGGGCCGUGCCCAGGAGGCACUUCUGCGGGACGUGUACGAGGAGGCCCGGGUCGACCCCUACUCGGUGUCGUACGUCGAGGCGCACGGCACGGGCACCAAGGCGGGCGACCCCCAGGAGUUGAGCGCCAUCAGCAACGUCUUCUGUGGCGAGGGACGCAAGGAGCCGCUCCUCAUCGGCUCCGUCAAGUCCAACAUGGGCCAUUCCGAGGGCGCCUCCGGCAUCUGCUCGUUGGCCAAGGUGAUCCUUUCCAUGGAGACCGGCAUCAUCCCGGGCAACCUGCACUUCAACGAGCCAAACCCGGGCAUCCCGUCGCUGAACGACGGCAGCAUUCGGGUGGUGGACCGCCACACGCCCUUCCCGGGGGGCCUGGUCGGGGUCAACUCCGUCGGCCUUGGAGGCGCCAACGUGCACACCAUCCUGGAGGCCAACCCGGGCCCCCACGUGGACUCCCUCCCCCGGGAGAAGCCCCAGCUGCCCCGCCUGGUGCUGCUCGCAGGCAGGACCCAGGAGUCGCUCACGGCCACCCUGGACCGGCUGGAGGGGGACGGACCCCUGCCAGACCCAGCCUACGCUUUGCUCAACCGGGUGGGGCAGCCCAGCGUCAACCAGUUCCCGUUCCGCGGCUACACGGUGGUGGCCGUGAACGGCUCUCGCGAGCCCAUCAAGGCGGUCGAGCGCGCCCCGUCUGAGAAGCGGCCCCUGUGGUUUGUCUUUACGGGGAUCGGCUGCCAGUGGAAUGGCAUGGCCCGCCAGAUGAUGCAGUUCGACGUGUUUGCCGACUCCAUCCGGCGCUCCCACGAGCUCCUAGCACCCUUUGGCAUUGACCUCGUAGACCUGAUCACCAGGGACGAUGCCAACAACCAGACGACAGUGUCGCCCUUUGUCUCCAUUGCCGCCGUGCAGGUGGCGCUGGUGUCCAUGCUGAAGAUGGUGGGGGUGAAACCGGACGGCAUGGUGGGUCACUCGUUGGGCGAGAUCGGCUGCGGCUUUGCCGACGGGGGCUUCACGGCCGAGCAGACGGUGCUGUGCGCCUACUGGAGCGGGCGCUGCAUCGAGCUGGGCAACAUGCCCAAGGGGGCCAUGGCUGCCGUCGGCCUGACCUGGGACCAGGCGAAGCAACGUUGCCCUAACGGAGUGAUCCCGGCCUGCCACAACGCGGAGGACUCCGUGACGGUGUCAGGCCCAGCCGAGGCGGUGGCGGAGCUGGUGGCACAGCUCAAGGCGGAGAAUGUGUUUGCCCGAGAGGUGAACAGCCUGAACAUGGCCUUCCACAGCCGCUGCAUGCUGCCCAUUGGGCCGGCCCUGCAGGAGGUCCUCGAGAAGGUGGUCCCCGAGGCCCGCCCUCGUACGGAACGCUGGAUCAGUUCGUCAAUGCCACAGAGCCGCUGGGGGGAGCCGCUGGCCCGGAAGUGCUCGGCGGCCUACCACGUGAACAACCUGAUCUCGCCCGUCCUCUUUCGGGAGGCCCUGGAGCACGUGCCGAAAAAUGCCAUCAUGGUCGAGAUUGCGCCACACUGCCUGCUCCAGGCCAUCCUGCGACGGGCCCUGGGACCGGAGGCGACCUGUCUGGGGCUGAUGAAGCGGGACGUGCCGGACGUGCCGGCCUUCUUCCUGACCUCGCUGGGCAAGCUGCACGCCUACGGGGUGCCCCUGCAGCUGGAGGCCCUGUUCCCCCGGGUGCCGUGGCCCGUGCCCAGGGGUACGCCCAAUGUGGCCCACCUGGUCAGCUGGGACCACUCGCAGUCCUGGUCGGUGGUCACCUACAGCGACUUCUCCACCUCGUCACAGGACUCCGAUGAAAUGGAGGUUUUUGACCUGGAGGCCGGGGAGAACGACGGCUACCUGGCGGGGCACCAGGUCGACGGGCGGGUGCUGUUCCCGACCACGGGAUACAUGGUGUUGGCCUGGAUGUUCCUGGCCAAGCGGUCGGGCAAGCCAUACACCCAGUUGCCCGUAGUAUUUGAGAACGUCACCCUGCACAGGGCCACCAUCCUUCCCAAGAGCGGCCCAGUGCGUUUUAUGGUGAACGUGAUGCGCGUGUCGGGCGAGUUCGAGGUGUGCGAGGCCGGCACGGUGGCCGCGAGCGGCCGCAUCUUCCUGGCCGAGGACCGGCAGAAGCUUUUGGACCACGAGGUGCCCUCUGGGCCCCCGGAGUCCAUGACCUUUGACCUCGACGCCAAAGACAUCUACAAGGAGCUGCGCCUCCGGGGGUACGAGUACUCGGGAAGCUUCCAGGGCAUCUUGAAGGCCGACAUCCUGCACCCCUACGGCAAACUCAAGUGGGAGGACAACUGGGUGACCUUUCUGGACAGCAUGCUCCAGUUCAGCGUUCUCAGCAACCCUGUGCGCUCUUUCAACCUGCCCGUCAGGAUCCACUCGUGCAAAGUGGACCCGGCCGUCCACGCCAAGGUCGUCGGUGGAGCGGGAGACCAAGGAGUGGACGUGUUCUACGAGAAGUACCUCAACGCCUUCCGCACCGGCGGCGUGGCCAUCAAGGGCCUCGAAGCAAACGUGGUGCCCCGCCGGGCCAUGCAGCAGGAGGCAUUUCUUGAGGAGUACCAGUUCGUGCCGUACCUGGACGACGAGUCGGCUGGCCGCCAGCGCGAGGCCGCGGUCCUCGAAUAUGUCGAGGUCUGCAGCAGCGUGGCCCGCCGCGUGCUCGAAUCGUCCGGAAAGAACAAGGUUCAGAUCUCGGACAUAAUGAACAGGUUUCGCGAGGCUCCCGAGCAGGUUUUGAACAAGUACCUGGAGAGCCUGGCAGAGAACCACGGGCUGUUGCGCGUCCUGGCCAGCAUCCAGAACGAGGCCAAGAGCUCGGCGGGCUCCCUGGUGACCACGGUCCAGUCGGCUCUGGCGGCCCACAAGGAGGACCUCGAGAGGGACCUCCUCAACACGGCCCUCCUGAAGGAGGACCCACUGCGGCACCUCCUGGACGUGGUCGUCGAGAACACCGGCGUCAAGAGGCUAAAAGUCCUCGAAAUGGCCGCGGAUGCGGUCCCCUUGCUCCUGGCGCCCCGGGUAUCCGCUCUCCUGGCGCUAUCCCACAUCCUCCUCAAGAUGGACCUGACGAUUGCACAUCCGCAGCCGGAUGUCUUGACGGAAGAGCAAGUUCCGGAAGACGCCAAGAAGAUGGCCUGGGAUGUGGCAUCUCCGCCACAGACCGCCCUUGCCGAGGCUGACCUCCUGGUAGCCCGUGACGCAGCCAGCAGCGAGGCGCUAGAGGCGCUCAUGGACGCGCUCGCGGCUCACUCGAGGGAGGGCGGCUUCGUUCUGCUGUCUCUGCGGACCGCGCUCACGCCCGCCGAGAUGUUCCUGUCGAAUGUGGGCAAGGUGCCGCUCAGGGUGCACUCUCGAGACUUCGUCGAGGCUUCCUUCAGAAAGCGCGGCUUCCGGGUUGUGUGCCUCCGAUCCAACAAUUUGUCUGCGCUCCUGCUGUUCAGGAAAGGGUCGGCGACGCCGGCCGGUGCAGAAAAGCAGGCGGUAAUCCGGGUCGGAAGUGGCAGGUUCGACUGGGUGGAAGAAAUCAAAGCCAAGGCGAUCGAGUACCAGGAGCGGCCGGCGGGCGAGAACGUCUGGCUGGUGGCCGAGGACGUGGGCACCAGCGGGGUCGUCGGGCUCACCAACUGCCUCAGGCAGGAGACUGGAGGGGACCACAUCAGGUGGGCAGUCCACGUUGCGGAAGCGAACGGUUCCGGCAGUGUGCAAGCGUCCGAGAGAGGUUUCGGUUCCGGCACCCCUUGCCUGUGGACGGAGCACGCGGUCCUCAACGUGCAGACCCGGGGUGACCUGUCGAGCCUGCUGUGGUUUGAAAGCCCCCUGCGGUACCGGCCGGCCUCGGACGACCGGGUGCUGUGCAGCGUUUACUACGCGCCCCUCAACUUUCGCGACGUCAUGCUGGCCACAGGCAAGCUGGCCCCGGACGCCCUCCCCGGCAAUCUAGCGACGUCGGAGUGCGUGCUGGGGCUGGAGUUCUCCGGGCGGGACCCCUCGGGGCGCCGGGUGAUGGGCUUGGUGGUGGCCGGGGGCAUGGCGACCGCCGUGGCGGUCGACCCGGACUUCCUGUGGGAGGUGCCGGCGGACUGGAGCCUGGAGGAGGCGGCGACGGUGCCAGUGGCCUACUCGACGGCCUACUACGCCCUGCUGGUGCGGGGCACCAUGCUUCCCGGGGAGGCCCUUCUGGUGCACUCGGGCAGCGGAGGCGUCGGCAUGGCCGCAAUCUCCAUCGCCCUCUCCAUGGACUGUACCGUCUUCACCACCGUCGGUUCCCAGGAGAAGCGGGAGUUCCUGAAGCGGCGCUUUCCACAACUGCAGGACCGCAACUUUGCAAGCUCUCGGGACCUGUCCUUCGAAGAGCACAUCCUACGCGAGACCGAGGGCAGGGGGGUGGACCUGGUGCUGAACUCGCUGGCCGAGGAGAAGCUGCAGGCAAGCGUGCGCUGCCUGGCCACCCGCGGCCGCUUCCUGGAGAUCGGCAAGUCCGACCUGUUCCAGAACAACGCCCUGGGCAUGGCGGUGUUCCUCAAGAACGUCAGCUUCCACGGCAUCCUGCUGGGCGCCCUGUUCGGGGACGACCCCCGGGUGGCGGUGGACAAGCGCCGGGUGAUCCAGCUGGUGCGCGAGGGCAUCGCCUCGGGCGCGGUGCGGCCCUUGGACGCCGUCCGCUUUGUCCGGGACCGCGUCGAGGACGCCUUCCGCUUCAUGGCCUCCGGCAAGCACAUGGGCAAGGUGGUGCUCGAGGUGCGGCCCGAAGAGCCCCAGCGGCAAACGAUGGCGGCCACGCCCCUCUCGGUGGAGGCCCACGCGCGCACCUACUUCUUCGAGGACAAGAGCUACGUGGUGGCCGGGGGCCUGGGCGGCUUCGGCCUGGAGCUGGCCGACUGGAUGGUGGCCCGGGGCUGCCGCAGGCUCCUGCUCACGGCCCGCUCGGGCGUCCGCACGGGCUACCAGCGCCUCUGUCUGCACCGCUGGCGGCUGGCCGGCGCCAAGUUGGCCGUGAGCCGGGCGGACGUGGCCACCGAGGAGGGCGCCAGGGCGCUGCUGCGGGAGGCAGCCGCCCUCGGUCCCGUGGCCGGCAUCUUCAACCUUGCCCUGGUGCUGAGGGACGCCCUGCUGGAGAACCAGACUGCAGAGGCGUUCGAGGCGGUGUGCCGCCCCAAGGUGGCCGGCACCCUGCACCUGGAUGCGGCGUCCCGGGAGCUGUGUCCCCAGCUGGACCACUUCGUAGCCUUUUCGUCGGUGUCGUGCGGCCGGGGCAACAAGGGACAGACCAACUACGGCUACGCCAACUCGGUCAUGGAGCGCGUCUGCGAGAGGAGGGUGGCCAACGGACUGCCCGGCCUGGCCAUCCAGUGGGGCGCCAUCGGCGACGUGGGCGUCCUGCGGGAGACUAUGGGGGCGGACGUGGUGGUGGGCGGCACGGUGCCCCAGCGCAUCGGCUCGUGCCUGACGGUGCUGGACCGCUUCCUGCGCCAGGGCCACCCUGUGGUCUCGAGCCUGGUCAAGGCCGACCUCUUUUCCGGGGCGAAGACCAAGGACAAGCACGACCUCGUCCAGACCGUAGCGCACAUUUUCGGUGUAAAAGACCCCUCGAGCCUGAACCCCUCCCUGACCUUGGGGGAGCUGGGCAUGGACUCCCUGAUGGGCGUCGAGGUGAUGCAGACCAUCGAGAGGGACUACGACCUCAACCUGUCCAUGCAGGAGAUUCGGCAGCUCAGCAUCGGUCAACUCAAGGAGAUCGGCAGAGGGGCCGCGGCCAGAGGCUCCACCGCUCCCCGGGGGGCAGAGGACGAGUCGGUGUCGGAGGUUCCCCGGUUGACGCUGAUCGAGAAGCUGGUGCCGGACCAAGUGGCGGUGGAGAUGAACGGGCGCCCCGGCGGGCCGGUGUUCCUGGUGCAUCCCAUCGAGGGCCACGUGGGGUCCCUCUCAGAGCUGGCCCAGCAGCUGCCCGUGCGGGCCGUGGGGCUGCAGCGCACGCGCGACGUCCCCGCACGCAGCAUAGAGGAGCUGGCCGCCGUCUACCUAAAGCGGCUAGUGGAGGUGCAGCGCCAAGGGCCCUACCACAUUGUGGGCUACUCGUUUGGGGCCACAGUAGCCUUUGAGAUGGCGGUGCAGCUGCAGCGGGCAGGAGCCCCUGUGGGCAGCCUGGUGCUCCUCGACGGGGCGCCCCAGUACAUCCAGGUGCACAAGGUGCACCACCGUAGCCGCUACACCGACGUUCAUGAGGAGGAGGCUUUCUUCCUGUGCGCCUUCCUUGCGCAGUACAUAGACAUCGAUUUCCUUCAGGUGAAGCGGCAGAUGGUGCAGUACCCGACGUGGGAGGCGAAGCAAGAGGCGGCCACGGACCUGCUGCUGGCGGGCAUCCCCGACGUUCGCCCCAGCCGGGAGGACAUCGCCCUAGCCACGAGCGCCUUCUAUGAUUUCCUCAAGGCCGGCAGCGCAUACGCCCCCACGGCAAAGUUCCGGGGGGACGUCACCCUGGUCAAGCCCUCCAGGCCCCGCAAGGUGGCCAUGCAGCUUCCCCCCGACUACGGCCUCUCCGAGUGCUGCGAGGGAAAAGUUCGCAUCCACGUGGUGGAGGGACUCCAUGAAACCUUCAUCCUGGGCAAAGGGGCUCUGGAGUGUGCCAACCUGAUUGCCCAACAAGUCGUCACGGGGUAG